AUGGCGGCGCCGCCGCCACCGUUCGCCGCCAUCAGACCCGCCUUACGGGAGCCACCAAGGCUCGGGGACAGCAACAAGGGGCACCGCCUGGUUGUCCCCAUGGGAGGACACCCGUGGUGGCAGGAGGAGCAGAUGUCACCGUGGGAAUCGGCAUCAAACGGCGGCUACAGCCACCAACGUACUCACUCAGGAAAGAGGACGACGCGGCCGGAGAAAGCCAGUGAGGCGACGGCGGCAUCGCCCCCGGGGCUCAUCGUCUGGCUCCGGGCGAGGCGGGUGGCAGUGCGGCCGGCUGGCGGCAGUCCUGCCAGGAUGGGCAAAUUGUGCUCCAAGUUGUUUUGCUGCGUUCGGUGCGAGGACGAGACGGUUGAUGACCUGCUCAGCCAGGUGGCACAGCUCCAAGAUGAAGAGAUGGAGUUCCGAGAAGAGAAUGAAAAUGCCCUUGUGAAAAUAAAGGAGUCAGGAGUCGAGCUUGCAAAGAUCAGGGAUGAAGUUGCCCUCAACACAGAGAGAUGGAAGAAACUACAGAGCGAGAAGGAGGAGCUGGAGAGGCGCUUUGAGGAGGAGUGGAAGCGGCUUGGCAGGCAGCAGCAGGAGGAGCUGCAGGCGCUGGAGCAGCAGCUGCAGAAGGAGUACGACACCAAGAGGGAGAGCCUGCAGGAGCAGCACAGCCUCCAGCUGGAGCAAGUCAAAUUGCAGCAUCAGGAUCAGGUGGAAGAUAUCACAGCUUCACACGAGGCUGCACUGUUACAGCUGGAAAAUAACCACGUAGUUGCCAUUACAGUACUGCAGGAUGAGAAUGACUGGAAGAUUCGAGAACUGAAUACUGCUCACAAGCUGGAAAAGGCACAAUUAGAAGAGAAUUUUGAAAAGCUGCGGCUGUCACUCCAGGACCAGGUAGACACCCUCACCUUCCAGAACCAAUCUCUGAAGGCCAAAGCAGACCGAUUUGAAGAGGCUCUGAAGAAAAACACCCAGGAACAGCUGAAGAUUGUACGAGCUCCGUAUCUGCACUUAGAAGAAGAUCUGAAGAGCUUCAAACAUGUUCUGGAAAUGAAGAACCAUCAGAUUCACCAACAGGAGAAGAUGAUUAUGGAGCUAGAAAUGCAGGUUGAGAAAAAAUUUAAACUGGAAGAAAAAAUCACCAUGCUGCAACAGCAGAAUGAAGAACUCAGAGCCAGAAUUGAGCAAAACACUGUCAUAACAAGGCAACUGUCAGAGGAGAACGCUAAUCUUCAAGAAUACCUUGAGAAAGAAGUGGAGGAGAAGAAGAAGCUGAGCAGGACUAAUGAAGAGCUUCUCUGGAAGCUGCAGGAGAGAGAAGCCGUGAGCCCCGUGAAACUCCCACCGCCAUCGUCCACUUCUUUUUAUCGCUGCUCAUCAGGGCACUCCUCUCCAGCAAAAGUCAGAACCUUGCGGCGAUGAUUCGGCGCCUGACCCCCAAAGGUCCCCUGCCUUUUCUGCAUUUCCAAUCUGCUACAUGUUACCAUCCAGCGAAGUAUUACCAUCAACAGGCGCCCAGGGUUCGUGGCUGCAGGCAUGCUCGGUAGCUGCAUAGCUUUGCACUAGGCAGGGUAC